UGGGGAUGCGGUCAGGUAGCAACAUGAAUGUCAACCACGGUGAGCACUGCGUCAGGCUCGCUGGAGAUAAAAUGGGCUCUGGGCUGACUCAUACCUGGAUAAUUUCUCUUCACUGGGAGAAGAAACACAACUCACAGAAUGGCUCAAAAAACUGUCUUGAUUACUGGCUGCUCUUCAGGAAUUGGCUUGGCCAUCGCCUCUAAACUGGCCAAGGAUGAUAAGAAAAGAUUUAUGGUUUAUGCCACCAUGCGGAAUCUGGAUAAGAAGCAAGAUCUCGUGGAUACUGCCGGAAGUGCACUGGGCAAAACACUGGAGAUUAAACAAUUAGAUGUUUGUUGCGAAAAGUCAAUCCGUGACUGUAUUAACAGUAUUCCCAACAGGAAAGUUGAUGUACUCGUUAGCAAUGCUGGAAUGGGGAUGAUUGGACCGAUUGAGUGCCAGAGCUUGGAGGAGAUGAAGUACGUUAUGGACACCAACUUCUUUGGACUUGUUAGACUCCUUAAAGAAAUCCUGCCAGAUAUGAAGAGGAGGAAGAAGGGUCACAUUGUGGUGAUUAGUAGUGUGAUGGGAAUUCAGGGUAUUUUGUUCAAUGAUAUCUAUGCUGCCUCAAAAUUUGCAGUGGAAGGAUUUUGUGAAAGUUUAGCAAUUCAAGCGAUAAAAUUCAAGUUGAACAUCAGUCUGAUUGAACCUGGCCCCGUGAUCACAGAAUUUGAAAAAAAGGUUUAUGAAGAGGGAUUGAAGGUGGAUCUGUCUGCAGCAGACCAGGAAACGAGAGAUAUGUUUACAAACAUUUACCUGCGCAACUACAAGGACAUAUUUGUAAGCUUGGGACAAACUGCUGAUGACGUGGCUGAGCACACCAAGAGGAUCAUUAUCUCGGACAAUCCGCCAUUUCGUCAUCAGACAAACACCCUUUACACUCCAAUGACAACUCUGAAGUAUGCCGAUCCAAAUGGAGACCUCCCCAUUGACACCUUCUACAAAAUGGUUUUCCAUCAUGAUAAAGUUUUCCACGCGAGUCUCAAUUUUAUUAAAUUGUUGAGAUGGAGAAGCAAAAAAAGUUUUAACUUAGGAAAAACAAAUAGUAAGGAAUAGUCUUUAUCUACCCUGAGUAUGAAAUGGCUAGAAAUCACUUGUUAAAAAUGAAAGCAGUUACUUUUAUUCAUUAGCUGGGCUUCAUGUUAUAAUUUACCAUUUUCUCGUGUAUCUCAUAUAUCAUUAAGACCAGGUUGGGGAAGCUGGGGUUAUUCUCCUUAGAGAAAAGUAACUUGAGGGAGAUACAAUGCUGUAAUAGGUUUAGAUAAUGUAGAGAGAGUUAACCUGUUCCCAUUAGCUAAACCUUGUCCCAUGGUAGCAUAAUGGUAUUACACUUAACUUCAGUGACGGAAACUAACACUGCAGAAAAUAUUUGUCAAUUGUGGCCAUUUUCUGUCGGUUCUAGUAAUAAUUCAAUCAUACAGAUGGAGGCUAUAAAGAAAAUUUGAGACAAAAACAGAAAUUGCCAGAGAGACUCAGCAGGCAUGGCAGUACCUGUGGAAAGAAAACAAAAUUAAUAUUUUGAGUCUUGCGACAGUUCUUCAGAUUUGAUUUGGUUUGACUUGGUUUGAUUCAGUAUUCACAUGUACCAAGCGCAUGCUAACCAGAUAAAUCAUACCUUACAUAAGUACGUCAGGGUAAUAAAACCGAAUGUAGAAUGUAGUGUUACAGCUACAGAGAAAGAUUAGCUCUAACAUAUGAGAGGUCCAUUCAUAAGAUGGCAGCUAGAGAAAAGUGGUAUUUAUCUUGAUGACAGAGGUGUAGGGGCAAAUGAAUGAGCAGAUAGGUGGAGCUCAGAGUGAGAGGAAAUAGUUAAGCAGACAAAGGGAUGUUGAUAGUAAGGCAAGGAAAAAGCUAGAUCGGAGAUAAUGGUGGAUUAUGAUUAGUGAAAAUGGGUUGGUUGACUGUGCUGUAAACAACCAUGUCAUGACAGGACCUGGCUGUGGGCAUGGGUAAAACACAUGGAAGGAAGUGUUAGGCCCCAAAAUUAUAGAACUCGAUACUGAGUCCUGAGAUGAGAAUUUGAGGAUUGCCUGGCUCUUUUGUCAUUUUAAAUGCUGACUGGUAGAUUUUAAUUCUCAGAGACUGUGUGACAGCAUUAUUGUGGCGGUGAUACAAUAUUCAUUAUACAUCAAAACUAAACAGCUUUCGCAGAAAAAAAACUGUUUCCGAAAAAACAAUGUUCCUGCUGCCCUAGAGAUAGUAGGAACUGCAGA